AUGGCCUUGUCCAUCCUCCGCACCCUUUGGUUCUCAUACCUAGCUCCCACGAAGAAAGAGAGCUGUUUUCCUACCCCUUUGCCAAAUCACCAGGACCUCUGCGCAGAUUCCACCCAGUACACUGUCUGCAUUAUUCAUCCUAAUUCCAAUGGACCGUCUCAGGUGGUCAGCCAGCCAUUCACAGACCAGAUUGGUUUACACGAUGUUCCGGCAGCGACGGCCUACAAGCUUUUGACCAUGGAAGUGGAGCCCACUCUUGACGACAAUCGCCUUCUGAAGCCGGUCCGAAAAGGCACUGCCUCCCUUGAGAAGGUGUGCCAGUUCUUGCAAGGGCCUGCUCAUAACCAUGCGUCAAAGGAGCUAGGCUCAAGUCCAGUUUUCACCGUUGGAAACGGCGCCUUCAUAUUCUGUCCUGGGCUGGAAGACAAAGAAAAGGACCUAUCGAUGAUCCAGAUAUACACAAAAGUCCAGCUUCAGUUCGGCAACGGCUUUUCCUCGACUCAAUACUACCACCCUUACUCGUCAGCAGUCAAACCUGCUCACUUGAAAAGCUCCAGUCCCUUUCAGAGAAUUGAUAUCAAUACUGGUAUUUGUUUGUACUCCAAAGCCUCGCUGGGGCUAGACCCUGGAAAUGCCCAAGUUGUUGGCGACGAAGGAAAACCAGUGAUUCCUCGCCUCCCUCACAACAUUAAGCCUACCAUUUACGAAUUGGAGGCAAUAAUGAGGCUGUCUUCUGCUAUCGCGGAUACCGUCUCUCUUGUCGGUCAUUCAAACCGUUCGCCAGAAACUGUGAUCAGUAUCAACAUUGACAUCCCCGACAUCCAGUACUACUGGACCGCGUGCGAACUUUUCGAAAAAGGCCAUGUUGACCUUGAAUUCACAAAGGCCUGGAUUGCAGCUAUUGACAGAAGAAGAGGCCAACUUGCAAACAUAAUGACGACUGUACUCCGCUCAAUGAUUGUAGAACGCCAUGUUGAUGGUAUCGAAAUCAAUAUCACAACAGGUACGGAAGCAGUCGCGGAGCUGAUAAAGAGCAAGCUUGACGCGGGGGAAACUCCAUCUAUGGAAGAGGCAUUGAGUGUACUUAAGUCGCAGGGUCCAAACGCUGCGCGCUGGCGAGGCAUGUUCAAUAACAUGGAUCCCCGCGACCAUCCCACCAACAUGCUUGACUUUGGUCGACUUGUAUACAUAUUCAAAGCUGUCAGAUCUGCCCUCGAGCGGGAAGACACGGAGAUUGAUUGCAGUGGAAAACGCCUCAUUAUCCAAAUUGACAACAUCGCCGAGUGGAGGAUUAUGAUGCGAUCCAAGGACUUUUUGAAGAGAUACUUCAAGAGUCUGCCCAAGGGUACCGAGGAAGACAUCCUGAUAGGCUUAUUUCCAAUUGAAAGGAUCUUUCUUGCGGGGACUCAUCGUUCUGAGCUUUACUCGAACGAUACAAAUACUGGACUACGUUUGGACGAAAGCAAGAUCAACGUCAGCCCGGUAGAUCUUGUCAGUGCUACGUACGGCCAUCGCAUGGGCAGACUUUUGGAUAAAUUGUGCCAGCAGGAGGGAUUAAGAUAG